UGCUGUGCUUGGACAGGUGGUUUUAUUGAAAGUUUCUAGCUAGGGAGCACGGAUGGCGGACGCCGAUUAUGAGUCAAUACUUUGUGUUAAACCGGAGGUGCACGUUUACAGAAUUCCUCCACGAGCAUCUAACCGUGGUUAUCGGGCGGCUGACUGGAAGCUGGACGAGCCAGCAUGGAGCGGGCGUCUGAAGAUCACAGCCAAGGCCAAGAUUGCUUACAUCAAGCUCGAAGACAAGAACACAGGGGAGCUGUUUGCACAGGCGCCGGUAGAGCAGUACCCCGGGCCUGCUGUGGAGGCUGUCACUGACUCCAGCCGCUACUUUGUGAUCAAGAUAGAGGACGGCAGUGGACGGCACGCGUUUAUCGGCCUUGGGUUCGCUGACCGUGGAGAUUCGUUUGAUUUCAACGUGGCGCUGCAGGACCAUUUCAAGUGGGUGAAACAGGAAGGUGAGCUGGCCAAACAGGCGGCCAAUCAGAGCUCAGCUCCCAAACUGGAUUUGGGCUUCAAGGAGGGUCAGACCAUCAAGAUCAGUCUUGGGAACAUUAAGAAGAAAGAUGCUGCAGGUGCUGCUAAAUCUCGGCCCGCGGGCAGCGGUUUACUCCCGCCUCCUCCAGGUGCGAAAGGUGGGGCUAUCCUCCCUCCUGCUGGCAUGCCAGUGUCUACUCCACCCACUACAGUAGCGCCCGCCCAGCCCAGCACAGGAAUGCUGCUAGAUUUUGGGGCACCCUCAGCUCCAACACAGCCCUCUCAGGACUUGUGGGGGGACUUCACAGCUGCUGGUUCUGGCACUACUCAGGAACCUGUGAAAUCAGGAUGGGUGCAGUUCUAAUAGUCCUGAUGGCACAUGGACACUUACUCUCUUUUUCAACUACACACACACUUUGCCCUCAGAGGUGACAAAAAGCUGGACAGAUAAUACCAAAUCAAGACAUCCCCCUCCCUUCACAGACACACACACACACAGAGACCAGCAGUGAUCUUGCGACUUUACAUAUACCACAGGCAGUGGUAUUUGUUGUUUUCCUUAACAGGCUGGUUCUGAAUGUAGAAGCUGCCAGUAGUUGGGGUUUAUAAGCACAGGUCUGAGGUUGAUGGCCCCUCACUUUGCUGAGAGCAGAGUGGUGCAAAUGUCACUAAUUACAGGUGAGAAAUGUAUGCAUUCCAUUUUUCUUUUAGGAAAAUAUUUUGUGUUUUCCUAAUUUUAAAGUGUUUUCUUUGUAGUGCAUCGUCCUUUCUGAUUUUUCUGCAUCAUUGAGUUUUUAACUUUUCUGUCUGUCAUCUCAGUGCAGUUUUUGGAAUCCUUUGAAUAAGGUUGUUGUUUUUUUUUUUUCCCUAUUUGCUUGCUGGGAAUUUCUGACUUUGUUGUAUUUUUGUUUUUAAACUGGCAGAGGUUUUAGGUUACAUGGUAGUUCUUGUCUCUGUAUUCUUUUGUUUGGAGGUGUCACAGAGAAUCCUGCUAGUCUAAGGUAGUCUUGCCUCAGUGAAAUCCAGACAUGGCCCACCUAACAGGAAGAGUGCAGGAGUGAGUCCGCUGCACUACUGCUCAAACCUGAUUGAACAAAGGCUACUUUAGCUGUGGCAACCUUGUAUUAAGUAGAUCAAACCUUAUAUAGUGACUUAACCUGAAAAGAGGAAGAACUGCUACCCACAGCAGGGCUAGUGCUUGAGAUCUAUUUUUAAUGAUUUGUUUACAGAUUAUAAAAAUGAUUCUUCCCAUAUUGGCUGUCAACCCCCCCCCCCCC